AUGAACUAAAAAAAUCCCUUAAAACGACUAUAACAUGUGAUCAAUGCAAAAACAUUUUCGCUAAAUAGAAAUCUUUCUAAGUUACAGGUGUGGACAGGCUUCUAAAUGCCUAAGCAUUUCAAAAUUUUCAGUGCAUACAGGCAACAGCGGCAACAGAAUUCAUAUACCACCAACUCGGCAUGCAAAACAGCUUGCAAAGGCAGACUGACAUUCGGGGUUUGUUUGUUGCAAUGCAACAUUUAUGCGUAACUUGUUAAUUAAUUGAGGUAUUUAACAACAAUACCAUCAGAAUGUGAAGUGUUACAAAAUCCGCAAGAGAAACAACAGAAAUAGAAAAAAAACCAAACCAAACAGAAGAAGCAGAAAACGGAGAAACAAAGCAAAAUAAUCUCUGCGGUUGUUACUCACUGCAAUUUACUGCACAUGUUGCCACAUGCAUUCCACUCGUGGUCUCCUUAGCUCGUUCAUUGCAUGCUGUAUUUGCUUUUGUUUUUGCCUUACUUGAUAUUUUUGACAAACCAAGAAUGGUGACCAGCAAAGCGGACAAUCAGACUGUUGCACUUCCGAAAAUGAACUCUGUGCGUUCACGCAAGGCCAGUGGUAGUAAUUCGUCGGCAGUUCGACUCUUGGAAAGCGAUCACCAAGAGACCUCAUCCAGUGUUAGCCGCAAUUCGGUCUACAAAUUAAAAAUUGAUUUAAUGUUCGACGACACCAGCCGAUCAGCUCGCAGCCAACGCCUCGAUGAUCCACAUGGAUCCCAUCGAACAAGAUCUAUAAUUAUGUAUGGUCGAAGUGAAUUGGCCAGUACAGGCGGCGACAGUUCGCGUUCCAUUACUAGUUACUUGCAUGAAACCAAUGAGACUGCAAAAAUUCUUGCAGACAAUACCAAAAAAGACGUGCAAAGAAUUAGCAACAGUGUCCAGGCGCAGAUCGAACAGCUAUUUACAGAUGUCGCUAAAGAUGCCACAAGUAGUUUUCCGGUAACAUGCCUCGGAUCACUACCACUAAAGGAUAAAGUGACCAGCUUGCUGGGUCUUCAAGAACCGCUAAGAGACUUAUAUUUAAAGGAAAUCAUUGAAGAGAAACGAAAUAUAGGCACCCUCGACAUUUGCGCCACAGGACUACGAGUGAAGGUUACAACAAAAGGCAAUAACAGCACGAAAUCAUCAGAAGUAGGAGAUAUCACUCCGUUUCACAACAUUGCCGUAUGGUCGGCUGUGAAGUUUACAGUGUCCGCAGAUGAUGGCGGUGCAGCGUUCCUGCCAUUAAUUACAUCGCCUGAAAAUAUUGACAAGAGUUUACUUUUUCAACCUCUAAGUGUGGUGGAACAAAAGCGACUGGCUAAAAAUCAACAUGCCCCUAUUUUCGCAGUCGUCAUGCGAUCAGCUGGUAUGCCAAAAGUCCUAGAAUGUCAUGGAUUCAUUUGCAAGAGCACUGAAGAUGCCAUCGUCAUUGCUGCAACACUAUAUCAAAGCCUUAUGGCCCACGUCAGUUCUAAUUCUCACCGCAGCACCAAGCGACGCACUCCACGUAAUCAGAAUGGAGUCAGCUGUAUCAGCAUUGCUAGCAGCUCGGCCAUCACUGGAUCCAACUAUCUGACACGUUCUCAGCUAACGUCAGGUGGGCGGAAGAGCUCAUUCCGUAGCACAAGUGGAAGCAUUGGGAAUGUGCCUUCGGUGUCUUCAAGAUCGGGACGCAAGAAGCGAGUUGCUACAAGUUCGCUUAGUUCUAGCAGCAAUAUCAUUAAUGAAGCUGCAGAGACCUCGACGGAAGAGAGAAAGCGUAAAUCACACAAAGCGAAACGGGCACCCCCAAUACCAACAACAGUGCCAGGGGAAAUGUCAAGAAAGCUGCAUUCUUCUGGUCGUGAGAGUCGUAAUUCCCCAUCGCAUCCGUAUUUUGAUAAAUUGGACAGCACAAGGAAAAGCAACAAUACAGGACAUGCAAAGAAAACAAGUGGCGCGACAGUCUACAGAGCAUCUCAGCUGCUGGGCAAUGGUUUGCCACCGGCUGUUGUAGCUGCGGCAGUAGCUUCCUCAGGCAACGGUUUACGAACUGGCGACAUGAGCGGUGAUAUUUUUACACGUGUUGCAAUACCAAGAUCCGGUAGCUUCCUCAACACGGGAGGCCUUACGCGAUAUAAAUCGAGAGCAGCACGUCGCCAUUCCGAUAAAAUUGGUUCGGGAGGUGGCGGUGGUGGUUCACCACUUGGUUUCAGCGAACUCUUCAACGAAUUCCGCUUACACGAGAAUCUACACUCGUUGGAUGAUAUUUUGUCUGCCAUCAUCGAUGCCGAUGGAAUGUCGUUCAAUGACUUGAAACCAAUCUAUAAGGAAUUUCUACUGAAGCUGGCAGUAACACUGACAAAAGAUGAGCUCUUUCAGAGAUCGAAAAACAUCAUGCGUCGCCAGAAGAAGAAGAAGCUAAAGCGCAAGCUCUAUUCCAAUAAUUCCCAAAAAAAACCGAAAACCCCUAUUUUUGGCACAAAAAGUUUGAAGAAGGUUUUUCAGUUAGGACAGUUUCGCUCGUGUCGUGGAAAGCCACCAAAGCCGCCUCGGAAUAAGGAUUUAGAAAAUCAUCAUCGAAAAUCGGAUCCUCCUAUUAUAAUUGGACCGCCCACGACCAUAUCCCAACACCCCACUCAUGGACGUUCCUCGUCCAAUCGUCAGCACAACCAACGCAAUCGUGCUACCACCAGCGGUUCCGAUGUAUCCCUAGUGCGUCCAGAGAAUGCCUUUCCUGGAUUGAACCGAAACAGUAGCAGCGGAUAUGUCUCUUGCUCAGAAUGUAGUUAUGAUUCCGAGUCAUGCACGUGCACAUCAGCGGAUCGCUGCUAUUGCAGUCUACGUACAGAUCAGCUGAACGAGAAGGAAUUACGCCGGCGGAAUGAGCGUAAGUCAUCGAAGAAGCUUGCCCAAAAUACCAACACAAACCGUCAAUCGCUGAUUUCAUGCAAGUCUGACGACAAGUGUUAUUGUUCUUUGGUGGAGGAGGAGAACGUCGUCACCGGUGCCGAAGAAGACUCACAUCAUACACACUCUGACACCACCUGGUGCGAUACGGACAGCUGCAUUAGCGCCAGCAAAUGUUAUUGUAAGCGUAUAGAACCCAAUGCCGCCCUUAACAGAGCGUUGGAAAUCAAUGGCAAGAAUAAAUCCCACAAGCGUAAGUCCCGCUCAUCAACACGCAAGUCUUCGGAAAAAUUGGCCGUGGAUUAUGAACUUUUCAAUUUAAACAGCAAUGGCAGCAGUAAACCGGUCCAGACUCAUGAAGCGUUGAGCGUCAAAAAAAGCGUUGAGGCUGCCGCCAUUUUUGCCGAUGUCAAGUUAAGUCAGACGACGGAUAUCAAAAGCCUUUGCUCUAACCCCAAUGCCAGAAACAGCGUUACAUCCCGCUCAUACUCUAUAGCAUCGCGCAAACAGUCGCAUUCAUACCGCAAGAGAGAAUCAUUCAGCAUUGGGCGCAAGAAUGAAAAGAAUGCUGCACCACUUCAGUCGUUGUCCUCCAGUUCGUCUCAGAAAUCAUGCAGUGCUGACGAUUUGCUCAAGCAGCUGAGUUACAUUGAGAAGAAUAUAGCCCGGGCCGCUUCAGUGCAUAGCGGUAAGAGUAAAACGCGCGAAAUAAUUCUGCGGGAAAAUUUCCAAAACAACUAUCAAUCGAUGCGAGCUGUCAGUGCCUCUCUCGAGGACACCUUGGGAUAUUUGCCAUAAAACUUUCGAAGAUGAUAUUCUUCUUUCUAGCUGUCUCUGUACUACUAACAAUUAGAUUAGAAAUAACAAUGUAUGGUUAAACAAGGGUUUGAAGCGAAUGAAAUUGGAGUCCAUCCAAUUCAACAUUCCCCAGAAAAAAUGAAAUGGAAACAGGGAUCCUCAAAAACGUUUUUGAUGCUUUUUUGGUUUUCUCUCACACUUUGCACGGAAGUUUCAUCUUCCGCUGGAAAAAGCUAAAAGCAAUACAAAUUUCAACGAACUCAUUCUGUAUAUGCAUUUAUUUUGAAACUUAAUCUUUUGCCCCUAUACUAUGAUAUCAAUUGAAUUAGUGCUGCGAGUUUUCUUAACCCUUACAAACUCAGUAGUAUUAAACAUUCAAGCCAAUGGUACAAAUCAUUCCCGAAUGCAAAAAUUCUCAAUUAACUAUCAUUUGGAAAAAUUCAAAGAACAAAGGUCGCUUCUGGGUCCAGCUUCUAAUAUGUUGGAACCCAUAAUCUGACAUAUGGACAAGUGAUUAUGAAACUCAUCCUCCUUUAAGUACAAAGGUGCCAACAAAAAUUCAUUUUUCAAUUCCUAUUUGCUAACCUAUGAUAUAUCUGUAUAUCAAAAUUGUGCUUCCUUCAAAUGUUAAUUUAUCAUACAUGUGCAAACUGUAAUCUGACACUGUCUUGGGGUAUCCAUUUCUUUAAUACCAACAGCACACUAUUUCUAAAUGUUACCAGAUUUCCUUCUUUGCCUCUGCAGGAGCAUGCGCCUAUACCAAAACCAUCAGAUUGAUGUAUAUUUCUUUGGUUGAAUUUUCGGACUUCACUCUGACUCCUGAACAUCUUGAUUUCUCCACACUAACGUCUUUCAAUUUCUCUCUUCUUCCUGCGGAAAAUGCGUUUCUGUUCUCUUCAGUCGAUACUAAUCCUUCACCUGGCGCAUUGCUUCUAACUGCAGAGUUGCUCUGUAAGCCGCAUUUUUGGUUUUUGUACCAUUCCUACUCUCCUGUUUGUACCACGCCUCCUAAAAUCUAUACUCGGGUGCAUUUGGUACACGAUUUUGGAUAUCUAUUAUAACCACCACCGUAGGAUAGGGGGUAUAUUAAUUUAGUCAUUCCGUUUGCAACACAUCGAAAUAUCAAUUUGCGACCCUACAAAGUAUAUAUAUUAUCUAUCCAUCUGUUCGUCCGUCUGUUGUAAUCACUCUAUAGGCUUCAAAAAUUGAGAUAUUGAGCUUAUACAUUUUUUUGAUGUACGCUGGUUAAGUUCUUGAACGGGCCAAAUCAAACCAUAUUUGGAUAUACUUGCUAUAUAAACCGAUUUUCCUAUAAAGGGUCUAAUGCCCAUAAAAACUUCAUUUUCCGAUUUUGCUCAAAUUUUAAACAGUGAGUAGUUAUAUGCCUCCCAACAUCUGCCCCAAAUAUGGUUCAGAUCGGACUAUAUUUAGAUAUAGCUGCCAUAUGGACCGAUCUGCCGAUAAAGGGUCUGAAGCCCAUAAAAGCUUUUUUUUAUCCGAUUUCGCUGAAAUUUAGAACAGUGAGUAGUUUUAGGCCUACCAACACCUGACCCAAAUAUGGUUCAAAUCGGACUAUAUUUAGAUAUAGCUGCCAUAUAGACUGAUCUCCCGAUAAAGGCUCUGGAGCCCAUAAAAGCUUUAUUUACUACCCGAUUUCGCUGAAAUUUUAAACAGUGGGUCUCCCGUCAUCAGGUCUCCCGUCAUCCGCCCUAAAUAUGGUUUGGAUCGGGCUAUAUUUAGAUAUAGCUGCCACAUAGACCGAUCUCCCGAUAAAGGGUCUGAAGACCAUAAAAGCAUUUUUUUUAUCCAAUUUUACUGAAAUUUUAAACAGUGAGUACUUUUAGGCCACCCGCCAUCCGACCCAAAUAUGGUAAAAAUAGGACUGUGUUUAUAUAUAGCUGUCAUAUAGACCGAUAUGCCAGUUAAGGGUCUAUUUAGUACCCGAUUUUGUUGAAAUUUUAAAUACAAAUUCAACAGUGACUUAUAUUUAUAAGAUCACUUAUAGUCCGUGCCGAAUUCGGGUGCAUAAGUUAUCCAAUUUUCAUUGGAUUGCGACGAAAGGGGGUUUACAUAUAUACCCGACGUGGUGGGUAUCCGGCCCGGCCGAACUUAAUGCCCUUUUACUUGUUACUCGUUGUUGGAUUACUCCAUGUUGGGAUGUGUUAUCUUUUAGCCUCAGAUCAUUAUAGGUCGCUUUCUUGCGCUGAGCAAAUAUUGUCUAGUCUCUCAUAAGCCAUAGUAAACCUGGUGUCAUCUUCUUCGACGUUUGACGCCAAUAUUAAGGAGGUCACUCUUUACAAAUCUUCGGUUUUCCAGAAUUUUUAUACCCUCCACCAUAAGAUGGGGGGUAUACUAAUUUCGUCAUUCUGUUUGUAACUACUCGAAAUAUUCGUCUGAGACCCCAUAAAGUAUAUAUAUUCUUGAUCGUCGUCACAUUUUAUAUCGAUCUAGCCAUGUCCGUCCGUCCGUCCGUCUGUCUGUCGAAAGCACGCUAACUUCCGAAGGAGUAAAAUAGCCGCUUGAAAUUGUGCACAAAUACUUUUUAUUAGUGUAGGUCGGUUGGUAUUGUAAAUGGGCCAUAUCGGUUCAUGUUUUGAUAUAGCUGCCAUAUAAACCGAUCUUGGGUCUUGACUUCUUGAGCCCCUAGAGUGCGCAAUUCUUAUCCGAUUGGAAUGAAAUUUUGCACGACGUGUUUUGUUAUGAUAUCCAACAACUGUGCUAAGUAUGGUUCAAAUCGGUCCUUAACCUGAUAUAGCUGCCAUAUAAACCGAUCUUGGGUCUUGACUUCUUGAGCCUCUACAGUGCGCAAUUCUUAUCCGAUCAGAAUGAAAUUUUGCACGACGUGUUUUGUUAUG